AUAUAGUCACCACYUAUACUCUCGAUUUCUUCCAGACCACGAUAACUGUUYAUAAUGUCGAAACCAAGACCAGGUGUUGCGGCGGCGAAACGGCUUUCUAAGUGCACCGAUCCAAAAAUAUGGGAGUUGGUAGAAUCGCAAUAUYCGGAUAUCGUUUCUCACGUCAAGGGUUUGAAAGAUACCGAGGUAGAAUACGACAAGCUUGGACUUCUUCUUUCGAACGAUGUGUCUAAAAGAUUCAUUACCAAAGACGAGCUCAUGACUGCCGUGAGCUGGAAGUUUUCCGUGGGGAAACCCCGGCACGCCCUGAAGAAACACCUGGCAUCGAAUUCGGAGGCUUCGGUCCGAGAGCAUUCGUCCGCGGGGAUUGCAAAAGCCAGAGGUGCGACCGAAAGCGACACCGAGGCAAGGAAGAAAGCCUUGCAGGACGUUUCUAGCCUGAAAGGAGUUGGUCCCGCUACGGCGAGCGCUGUUUUGGCCCUUGCACGGCCGGAUGUAUUUGCCUACAUGUACGACGAAGUGAUCGACUGCUUUUUGCCGAAACGAACGUAUACGCUACCGACCUACAUGGCAGUGAACGAACAUUGUAUCACAAUUGCGAAGACGCUGCGAGGCAAAUGGACCACAGCUCGUGUUGCAACCACAUUAUGGACAGCAGCCAGAGUCAAUGCAUACGACCUGCACGACCAUACACUAUCAAAGCGACCUAUGGCCGACGGUACCAACGACACAAAUAGCGAGAUGCGAAGGACGUCCAAACGACGAAAACGUUGAUUAAAUAUCUAGCAGUGCAGUACCCUCUACAGAAAGAACAUCCCGCAGACGAUUGCGAUUGCAGCACCGAUAAGUGUGUUGAUAAAGUUGACAACUUCAUUCGUCAUCCACUCCAGACUUUUCUUUCCUUGCAAUGUGGCUCCGAGAACGCUCUCGAUAUUCGUGGCAACAAAUGCGGCAAAGAUCGAAAUUGGAACCGCUUUCGGGGUGAGAAAUCCCAUGUAUAAACCGUACAAGGAAAUCAGAGCACCUCCAACGACCGAUGCCGCCGUACCCUCUAAACUGACCGCUCCCUCCGUUCCGGGUUCCGAUCGUUCCAGUGUUGUUAUUAAAAAUGUAGUUUUUCCGUAGGCUUUGCCGAUUUCUGACGCAAAUGUGUCGGAUAGUUUGGUUGCCAAAGAAGCAACGUACCCAACAAUGUAGAGAUCCGAACGAAUCCCGAGAAAUUYUGGGCCCUGUACGGAACAGAUGGCACAUGCCAGUCCAGUCGCGGCCGAACCCCAAACAUUUUCUGGUCCUCUUCUUCCUCCUCGGCCUUCGGCAAUACCUAGUUUCUCCUUCUCUUGGAAUUUCACUUUUGUUACAGCCGAUCCAAGGAACAAAUAAAGGACGCAAGUCGUCCACCCUCGCCAUCCSAGAGUAGCCCAGAGGCCGGUACCCAGAGCCAAUGCGUGAAAGUAUCCCUCAUUGGUCAGCAUCUUCAGUAAUUUCGUUCGCAACACUCCGAAAAGAAAUGCGUUUAAUCCAAAGGCUUGCAAGAGCGGUACUCGACCUCCGUAACGGAAGAGGGAUUUUGUCAAGGCCGGAACACCAUCCCGAACACACGAAGGAAUUGCCUCCAGUCUCGUCGGCCGACAUGGGAUGUUUUCAUUGCACUCAACCGUCACAAACGGUGGCACUUCAUGAUUCCCUUGAUGCGGGAUAGUGAACGGAGGGAAGGUCAAAUGUUUCCGAAAUGUUGCUCUGCCGGUGCCGCCAAGAAAUGCAUUCGACGUAUCCAUACUCGCGAGGAGGACCAGAAGUACUACGGCAAUGGAAUUGCAUGUACGGCUCAUCUUUGUUUUCGUCAUUSUGUGUUCUCUUUUCACUUUUAAUAUGACAUCGUUUUGUACCGGAAGGUAUAGCACGGUAUGUGUUUCAUCUUGAACAUUCCAUGCCUACCUGUACGGCACAUUUUUACGGUUCCUUGUACCGUGCACUCUGAGCGUUACGUGACAUUUG